AUGGCCCAAAUCUUACAGUCCGAGAAGCAGGCCAAAGGACAAACCGAAGACGGUUCCAAUCCAGAUGGUCUCUCGCAGCAGUACGGAGGCGUCCACGCCGGAGGAUGGGUCGACCUCCUCCCGGUGUCGUGGAUCCCUUACAUCCAGCUAUCGCGACUGAGCCCGCCGGCCGGACUCUUCCUCAUUUACUUCCCGCAUAUCUUUGGCGUCCUCCAUGCCGCGAGUGUCCAUGACUUCCCUCUUCAAGAUGUCCUCCGUGUGAGUCUCGUACUCUUGGGAGGGUCCUUCUUCUGCAACAAUGCCAGUCACGCCUGGAACGACCUCAUCGACGCCCCCAUUGAUGCUCAGAUCGAGCGGACGCGAACACGGCCUAUUCCGCGAGGCGCCAUCACACCCCGCGCUGCGGUCAUUUUCGCUUGCACGCAGGCGAUAGGAGCAGCCGCCUUUUUGCUCUUCCUGCCCCGCGACGCAAGCAUUGCGACAAUUCCAACCAUCAUCGGAACCAUCUAUUACCCCUGGGCCAAGAGACACACGCACCUGCCCCAGCUCGUCCUUGGUUUCUGCCUUACAUGGGGCAUCAUGAUCGGCAGCUCAGGCAUGGGAGUGCCGAGUCCUUGGACCGAUGCGUCGACCGUCAGCCUGCUGGUGGCCUCUAUACUCUGGGUCGUCGUCUUUGACACAAUCUACGCCCAUCAAGACCUUGCAGACGAUCUCAAGGUUGGUGUGAAGAGCACGGCAGUUUUUAUUCAAGGUUUCGCGAAACCAGCGCUCUGGCUUCUCUUCCUGGGUAUGACUGCCUGUCUCGUGUCGACUGGCUACUAUGGAGGCAUGGGUCUCCCCUAUUAUUCCCUCACUGUGGUUGGAUGUGUCAUCUCGGUGGGCUCCAUGGUUGCCAAAGUUGAUCUCGAAGAUCCCGCUAGCUGUUGGCGUUGGUUUUCCCAAGGGUUUUGGCUCACUGGGGCUGCGAUCGCGAGUGGUCUAUUGGCGGAGUAUGGGGUUCUAUCAAGCGGUUUGCUGGGUCUCUAG